AUGCGUGAUACAACCAUUUCAAGACCUUCGCGAGCAUCGAUGGAUGCUGCUAUCUUUGACUUAAGCACUGUCUCCAUGGAAUUUGACCGAGAUGUGGCCAUUUGCGAACUCAAUGCAGAGGAUGAUGAUGUCAUGAUCGAAUACAAAGAAGAACCCUAUUCGCCGGCUGGUAUUUCUACAGUUUCUGCUAUGACCAUGUUGGGCACAUACAUGUCCUACAUUCCAGGCGCCGUGUUUGACCGACUUGGACCGUAUACGUCCGUACUUCUAAGUGGCAGUACUAUGCUCAUCAUCAAUCUCGCCUUGUUUGCGAUGCUGAAGUUUUCACCGGAGAGCGCAAGCCCACUAAAUAUUGGCUGCGCAAUGAUGCUGUUUGGACUACUUAGUUCCUUUUGUGUCUUUUCUUCAAUUGUUUCAAAUGAGUCUCUUUUCGGUGAUAGCAAUCGUGGCAAAGUCAUGGCAGCUCUCAUGUCAGCCUAUAGCUGUGGUGGCGCAUUUUUCGCCUUCAUAUUUCAUGAAGUAUUUCAUAGCAGCGACGUACCGGGUUACUUUCUUUUUGUGGGAAAUUAUCUGCUAGUUGCGUGCGUCUUUGGAUGGUGCGUUUUUGCCCGUCAGCGUUGUGAAGUAAUAGAGAACAAAUAUCCAGUAAGUAUUUCGAAGGCCCAAAAUGGUGUCAGUAUUAAUUCGAUCGGACAAGAGAAUCAUUCAGAUGUUACAGGAUUUGCGUUGUUGAUGGACUCGCGAUUUUGGAUGCUCUUUAUACCGGUAAUGGUUAUCGUUGGUGCCGGGUUACUGGUUAUGUCCAAUGUUUCGUUUAUUGUGGAGUCACUGGGUGGCCCGUUGCAGCAAAUUCCAUCAAUGGUGGCUCUGUUCUCCAUAAUGAAUACGCUUGGCCGCCUUUUGACGGGAGUGAUUUCUGAUCUAUUUGUAGCAAAAUACCCGCGCGCUUAUUUUGCCGGACUCUCGGCAUUGCUCACGGCCAUUACACAAGGAGGUUUUUUAGUUGUACCAGCAAGCUGGCUAGUUCUACCGGUUGCCAUGGCUGGAUUCUCAGAAGGUGUGAUGUUCGGCACAUUUCCUGUAAUUAUUCGCGAAGAGUUCGGUCUUCAACACUUCGGCAAAAACUUUGGUCUCUUAAGCCUUGCUAAUUGCAUUGGGUACCCGCUCGUUUUUAGCCCACUGGCAUCGUACGUGUACCAGCACUCAGAGGGAGUUCGUACCAUCGAUGGUGUGGAGAAAUGCUAUGGUACGCAGUGUUAUGCACCUGUAUUUGCUGUAGCCAUCGCGCUGUCGGUAUUGGCGCUUGGUUGUUGCGCUCAGCUUGCCCGCUUACAACGGCGUCAAAUUUUAUAUAGAUACCAGCAGAUUUGA